AUGGCGGCUUCACCUCCCAAAGCUAUUUUCAAGGAGCUGGAGGUUCUUUGGGGCUCCGAUUGGGUCGGUUGGUCAAGGUCUUCGUUUCGCGUAUGUCUGGCAGCCUGGUGGGAGGGGCGGCAUCAGAAUAAGUUGUUGAAGUUUGUCCACCAGGUUGUCCCUUUGUUGAUCUAUUGGCAUCUUUGGAAGGCUUGCAACGGGGUGAAGUACGAGAGCAAGAGGAUUGUGGGGGCUCAAGCUGAGGCCCGUUCCCUGUUGGUUGGGGUCAAUUUGUGCCUCCAGCGGGGCAUCGCCAUCUUUGACGUUGAAAUGGACUCGUUGACAUUAGUCCGCAUUUUGAAUCGUUUAGCUCAUUGCCCAUGGGGCAUCCACACGGAGGUGCAGCAGUUGAUGGGGGUAGCAUCUUCCUUUCCGCGGAUUCUUCACUGUUACCGUCAGGCGAACCAGGUCGCCGAUACGUUGGCGAAUACUGGAUGGAUUCAGUGGAUAGAUACAAGAAUUAGAGCUUUGAAGUUGAAAAGAACCACAAUCGUGGAUCCCAAGACAAGAAAGCUUGGGGGAUCUCUGAAUGUUCCUUUUGUCCAAGAGUUGGCCAAGAAAAAUCCCUUUUCUGUUCCAACUCGUUACAUACGCCCCGACAAAGACCAAUAUUCAACCAUCUCUAACAGUUCUGCUGUGGAGGUAAGUGAUUUGGAGCUUCAGAAGCUGCAUUCUACUUGCAAGGAGUGGGGUUUUUUCCAUAACUGUCAGCAACUGAUUAAUCAUGGAGUUAGCUCUUCAUUGGUGGAGAAAUUGAAAUCAGAAGUUCAAAAUUUUUUCAAUUUGCCAAUGGUUGAAAAGAACAAAUAUGGUCAAGAACCAGGAGAUGUAGAAGGAUAUGGGCAGGCCUUUGUCAAAUUAGAGGAGCAAAAGCUUGACUGGGCUGACGUGUUAUACAUGAUCACUCAACCAGAAGAUUUAAGAAAACCUCAUUUAUUCCCUAAGCUGCCUCUUCCUCUAAGAGAAACUCUAGAUCAGUACUCAAGGGAAUUGAAAAUCCUUGCCAUCAAGGUCCUUGAGCAAAUGACAAAAGCAUUAGGAAUGAAGCUUGAAGAUAUGACAAUGCUUUUUCAAGAAGGGAUGCAAUCAAUGAGGAUGAACUAUUAUCCUCCAUGUCCCCAACCUGAGCUAGUGAUGGGCCUUUGCCCCCACUCUGAUGCCGUUGGGCUUACCAUUUUACUUCAAGUCAAUGAAGUGGAAGCCCUCCAAAUAAAAAAGGCUGGAGCUUGGGUUCCUGUUGUACCACUUCCUAAUGCAUUCAUAGUCAAUGUUGGAGACAUUUUAGAGAUUGUGACAAAUGGGAUUUACAAGAGUGUUGAGCAUCGGGCAACUGUGAAUUUGCACAACAAAAGGCUUUCCAUUGCAACGUUCUUUUCCCCAAAACUGGAUGGUUACAUGGGUCCAGCGCCAAGUCUUAUCACCCCUAAAAAUCCAGCAAUUUUCAGAAGAAUUAGUAUGAUUGACUAUUUAAAAGCGUUUUUUUCCCGUGAACUAGAUGGGAAAUCAUUCAUUGACGCAAUGAGGACCCAAAUCGAAGACUUUUAGGCUCUUAGUCCCUCUAUGAUUUUUCUCUUUGAAACUUAUGUACACUGUUGAUAUG